AUGGAAACAAAAAACCAUACAGGCCUAUUCCAAUUCUUCCUCCUGGGCCUCUCAGAGGAUCCUGAAUUGCAACCCAUCCUCUUUGGACUGUUCCUGUCCAUGUACCUGGUCACAGUGCUCGGGAACCUGCUCAUCAUCCUGACCAUCUCCUCUGACUCUCACCUCCACACCCCCAUGUACUUCUUCCUCUCCAACCUGUCCUUCAUUGAUAUCUGCUUCAUCUCCACCACAGUCCCCAAAGUGAACUUCCAGGCACAGGACAAAAAUGACAUUUCCUACAUAGAGUGCCUUACUCAGGCAUAUUUUUUUAAUACCUUUAUUGGAAUGGAUAAUUUCCUACUGACUGUAAUGGCCUAUGACCGCUUUGUGGCCAUCUGCCACCCCUUGAACUAUGCAGUCAUCAUGAACCCCUGGUUCUGUGUCCUCCUGGUUCUGAUGUCUUGGAUCAUCAUGUUCUGGUUCUCUCUGAUUCAUAUUCUGCUGUUGAAUCGACUGACCUUCUCCAUGGGCACUGAAAUCCCACAUUUCUUCUGUGAAGUGACUCAGCUUCUCAGGGUGGCCAGCUCUGACACCCUCGUCAAUAACGUCUUUCUUUACAUGGCCACCGCUCUGCUGGGUGUGUUCCCUGUCACUGGGAUCCUCUUCUCUUAUUUUCGGAUUAUCUCCUCCUUAAUGAAGAUGUCCUCCUCUGUGGGCAAGUACAAAGCAUUCUCCACCUGUGGGUCCCACCUCUGUGUGGUCACCCUGUUCUACGGAACAGCACUUGGGGUUUACCUCAGUUCUGCCGUGACCCAAUCUUCUCAGGGAACCAUGAUCACCUCAGUGAUGUAUUCUGUGGUCACCCCCAUGCUGAACCCCUUCAUCUAUAGUCUGAGGAACAAAGAUAUGAAGGGGGCCCUUCGGAAACUCGUAGAAAGAGCAGUGUCUUGUUCCUGA